AUGACCUCGCACAUCGAGGAAGGGAUUUCCUCCAGGUUACCUUCCGAACCGCCUCCUCUGCCAUACUCGCUCCGCACUCGCAAAAAGGCGAUUGUCAUCUUCUGGACAAUCUUCAUCAUCGACACCCUGGGCCAACCGCUGAUUCUAUAUUGGACAUUAUGGUAUCUCACCAACCUUUCACAUAAUCUGGUGUUCUCUGUGGUCACGGCAGCAAUAGGCGGUGUUUCGGUCUUCGAAUACUUCUACCGAUUGUACAACCUCCUUCGCAAAGGGUCGAGAGCGCGGCCACUGAAUGCUCGGUCGUCAUGGCUCGACUUCUUCCACAUCAAUUUCACACUUGUCUGGCUCAUUCUUGCUGUUGAACUCAUUGUUGGGAGCGUACCGCAUGAACCUUAUGUGCGCCUCAUUGCCAUGGUCCUGCCGACCGUCAUGUUUUACUUUGGCAUUGUUCACCUGACACUCGAUGUCCUCCGCAUGAUGGGUUUCAAGGCCCCGUUCCGAAUCUCGUCAACCCCCAAAGGAGCCCCGAUGCCGACUGCACUGUAUGCAUUGAUUGAGGACGUGGUUGCCGUUGAUGGAGGCGGAGGCCAGAUCUAUCGGUAUGCCUUGCGCACUCGAUACCUGUCGAGCCCAUACUUCCGCCGGAUGCUGUUCGAGAUGAACUGCUUUUGGAGUGGUGGCUCAAUCAUCUUUGCGGCGGUCAUUACGGCUCUCGUCUUUACCCUUCCCGAGCCGGUCGCUUUUACACUCGGCUGGUCAUUGCCAUUUGCAUGGGCGGGUAUCUGGACGCUCAUCACCAUCCCCUGGGUGCAAAGUGACCUGCGCCGCGAAAAAGAAGCCUGGGCGCAAAAUGUUGGACAAGGGGGCGAGCCUUGCGUGGACCAGGUGCGGGCGCCUGCUGCCCGUACUCGUUUCGCCUCUGUUCAGGAAGCGAUACCGAGCAUCUUGCCCUGGUCUCGUAACAAAGAGAUUCCGCCAUCCGUACCGCCAGCGGCCCCCUGUGAUAUUGAGCGACUUCCCCCCAAACCUGCCAGUCUGCCGGACAGCACCCCGGCCGCUACUCUCGAGAAUCAACCCUUGGGUCCCGAAAGCCCUUCUCAGAUCGAAGGAGAUGAAUCCACCCAACAUCCCAUGACGUCAGCAGAUGAGCGCGGGACGGCUGUCGGCCAUCCGACCUUGUCGAGUGAGAAGAACUAA